CCCUUACAUGGACUCCUGAAAGACUCGCAGAGAGGGUCUGAGGAGCAGCGACAGCCCAGGACCCCCCUGCUGCUGCUGCUGCUGGUGACAUCUCACAAGGAACAAGCUCGUCCUCCUGCAGGCUGCUGUGUGCAGACCCACCAGCAAGGGGGCGUGGAGCUCCUAAAUUGUAGACCCUGUAGUGACAGUGACAUCUCUUAUAUGGACUGAGAUGGCCUCUGAUCUGGCUAUGAGUACAGACUUGCCCAACAGCCCUCUUGCCAUCGAGUAUGUCAAUGACUUUGAUCUGAUGAAAUUUGAGGUGAAGAAGGAACCCCCAGAAGCUGACCGAUUCUGCCACCGCCUGCCACCCGGAUCCCUGUCUUCUACUCCGAUCAGCACCCCCUGUUCCUCUGUGCCGUCUUCCCCCAGCUUCUGCGCCCCCAGCCCCGGGGCACAGCCCAACGUGAACCCCAACAACCCCAACACAGCCAACAAGCCGCAGCUGGAGGAUCUUUACUGGAUGUCCAACUACCAGCAUCACAUCAACCCCGAAGCCCUCAACCUCACCCCAGAGGAUGCCGUGGAGGCACUGAUAGGCAACCCCCAUCACCACCAUCAUCACCACCAGAGCUACGAUGGCUUCAGGGGCCAGCAGUACCCAGGGGAGGAAAUGGCAGCCUCUGGGCACCACCACCAGGUCCACCACCACCAUCACCACCACAACCACCACCUCAGGCUGGAGGAAAGGUUCUCGGACGAGCAGCUGGUCAGCAUGUCUGUGCGGGAACUCAACAGGCAGCUGAGGGGCUUCAGCAAAGAGGAGGUAAUCCGCCUCAAGCAGAAGAGAAGGACCCUGAAGAACCGGGGCUAUGCCCAGUCCUGCAGGUACAAGCGGGUACAGCAGAGGCACAUUCUAGAGACAGAGAAAUGCCAGCUGCAGAGCCAGGUGGAGCAGCUCAAGCAAGAGGUCUCCAGGUUGGCCAAGGAGAGGGAUCUGUACAAGGACAAGUAUGAGAAACUGGCCAGCAGGAGCUUCAGCGCCAGGGAGUCCACGCAGCAACCGUCCAACCCAGGGAAAGCGACAUCUGACUUCUUCAUCUGAUGCCCUC